AUGUUCCUUAAGGCGUCGCCCACCAAAGGUGUGAUGCAGUUCAGCAAGAAGGGCAAGCUGAGUCCAAGGUUUAUUGGGCCUUAUGAGAUUCUUGCAAGAGUCAGACCGGUGGCGUAUCAAUUGGCACUUACCCCAUCCUUAGAAGGCGUGCAUGACGUCUUCCACGUGUCAAUGUUGCAAGAGUACAUUCAUGACCCAAGUAAUAUCCUAUCUCAAGAACCACCGGAGCUUGCAGCUGAUAUGUCUUACAAAGAGCGACCUGAGAAGAUUUUGGACAAUAAGGUGGUAAAUCUUCGCAACCGACCUAUUCACUACGUAAAGGUGAAAUGGUGCAACCAUCCAGAGGAAGAAGCAUCUUAG